CCGGAAAUCUCCGACUCCGUUUAUAUCGACAUGCGUGAUCACGUGUUGCUCAAAUCAAUACGAAGUGCUGAGGAAGUUUGACACUUCCCCAAGAUCCUUUGCGAUGUCCAGAAAAAGACUUUGGAUUCUACGGAAAAGAUACGACUUUGUUGCAACUGGGAAAGUAACUUCGAAUGGCAUGCUAACGCAAAGGCCGGCAUUUCAGCAUCACUGGUUGGCGACACCACACACGAUGACGGACGGAGCUGGCGAGAACGACCAACGAGCACCGAUAACAAAGUCCUGCAAACCAACGAUGCUGGACUUACCCGACGAGCUGAUAGUGUUGGUGUUGGAAUGGGUAUCAACGCAGUGCCUAGGUCGCUUUCAGCGGGCGAGUAAAGGAAUGCACUCCCUCGUCGUUAGCAACGAAACGACGCUUUACCGACGCUUACUUGAGCGAUAUCUUGCGAGUCUCGAUGUUGUUCCCGCCGGGGGGGACGCAGUCAACAACACUCUAGGUUCAAUCACUACGUGCCCUGGCCAAUGGCGAAUUUUACUGUCCGACGCACUCCUUUGGGGACGAAAUUUGCCGCAAACAGUAACGAAACGAUCCGCGCGAUAUGCUGUAGCACCAACGGUGGGCGACAAAGACUGCGAGAGCAGUGACGCACGGUCUUACAUCGACGCGGUUCCCGGAGCUGGUGGAGAAAUCGGGCUCACCGUCCGAAUAAUUGGGCCGAACUCCAUAUGCACAUCUUGGGGGGGAUUGCGUAUUCAAAGUAUAGAUGGUGAUGGAGAAUGUAGGGGAAGCAUAUCGCGAAGCAGUAGCAACGCCACAUUAUGCGGUGACGGUCAGGGUGGGGCCAUAGAGGAGCUUGGUCUCGCACAGCAAGACGAUGAUGUGUUUGCCGGCAUGAACCCGAAAUGGAUCGAUGACCACACUCCUUCCUCUGACACAUUUAGCGGGUCAGGGCAGCUCAUGGCGAUUAAUGAAUGGAGUGAAGACUGGCAAGGCGGAUAUACCAGCAUUUUUGAGACGUCUGAGUGCGUCCCUCGGAAACAGAAUAGCAAAGAGCCCCUCCGGCUGGUCGCAUGUUUUCGUGCCCUCGAAACAGCGCACAUUGCAAUCACGCACGGAAAUCUAUAUGCCGCAUGUACCGCAUGGUGGACAAUGCCGCAUCCUGGAGACGCGAGCGAGCCGAAACCUGCGUUCAUCCGCUUAUUCAAGGUUCUGAACGAUGCCGGAGCUACUCAGUCUGGAAAAACUCCCGAGUGGACCUUCGAACUACCCGCGCACCAUCGCCCGCGGUCGCUUGCGCUGAGCGAAACGUAUCUUGCGUGUGCAGUGGAAGCCGCCGCAGGAUACCGUGUGAUGGUGCUAGACGUUCGUACUGGCGCUCUACUCGGACAAGUUACCUCGUCCGUAUCGGAAUCGGGCGUAUUCGACCGCGACGCCGGUGUACAGUCGAUUCAUCUUUUACGCAACGUGCUUCUCGUUCAAGCAUCGGGAACCCUCCAUGUCUAUCUAUUGAUCCCGUCACCACCAAUCACCAACCAACCCCGUGCGGUGCUGGCUCAACCUCUCGCGGCGGUCCAAACGGGCGAUGUGGCGCCCAUCCACGUCUUUAAGCUCCCAAGCAGUACGCCAUCUGCAGUCCAGGAUCAGGAACCUACCCUAAUGGUGUGCGACUUCCAACACCCUGAGCGAGUAUGCCUGCUGCAGCCUGCAAGUCUGAAGAAACGAUGGGUUUCCGCUGCGCGGGUAGCUGGGGACUCUGGAAUUUGGUGUUUGUACCGAGAUGCCGACGGGUCAAAACCAAAGGCAUUGAGUGAGCUUGGGUUAGUAUGGAAGCGGAUAGAGCCGAAUCAUGUUGAUCGAUAGAGGUUCAUUGAGCGUGAGGGGAUGAAACCUAUUAUCUUUUAGUGAAAGUUUGGAACGGCGUACAUCAUGGUUAAUUUUGCUACAUAGACACGUCGGAAGUCCUGUUUCUUGUAUUCAGGCCGUUGCCUUCUUUCUCUCUUGCAAGCGCAAAUGUGAUAGAAUUCCGGUUGUUUAGCUGCUUCUUUCUGCCAUCUUCCGUUUUCGUUGUUGUAAAGGAC